UCACUGUGAGCUCUGGGUUGCUUCUCAUUUGAUGAGCCUGUUUUGUCAUAUCAAAACUUACACUUACAGUUGUUACAACUGUGUUUAUAGGGACAUUGAAAAUGGGUUUCAGUGGUUCAAAUCCCAUAUUUGCCAAAGGUCUGUAUGAGUAUUCCCAGGCUACAUUUGAGGUUGAACACACACACACACACAGAGUAACACCUUUUGUUGGUAAAUGUGCACAAACAUACAGCACCCUUCACAAAUUUGCACUCCUGGUAAAGUUAGAGUAGAAGGAGUGAAACAGCACAGUGAAAACUAUGAAGAUAAAAUCCGACCUUGAUAGGAAAGCAUUUAUUUGUGAGGAAAAAAACAAGAAUCACUCAUAAAGACAAAAACAUACACAAAUCAACUAAUUCCAAAGUAGAACGUUAGGGGUAGGUUAUUAUUGUGUUGGCCUAGAUAGCUAUAAGCAAAGUGAAAAACCUGGACUUAUAAUAUAAUAAUUGAAUAUAAUUAUUUUCCCCAAAGGUCACACAUACAUUUCCCUCUCAGGCAACGUGGGAAGCUUUGUAGUCGUAAACCCAUUAGUAAAGAGUCCUACAGGCAACAGCCAUGACAGUCUACACAGCGUAUUGCUUAGUCAGUCCUGAAGCCUAAUGAUUUUACUACCGGUGAUGAUCGUCCUCAUUACGUUUAGCGUGGGACCAAACCGAUUCGUGAUCAUGUAGCCUAAAGAUCCAGCGGUCAUCUGAACUUUAUGUAUCAGUGUAGCCAAGCGUAAGUAGCCUAACCUCUAAAACGAUCGAUGUUUACCGUUGUUUCGUUUCAAUAAAUAGGCAAAUGAUAUCGGGAGUCACAUUAAUCGGUAGAGUUGCAUCUGGAUACAUAUACAUUGUUCCCUCAUUGAACCAUUUGGUCUUUGGUCAGCGGUUUCCCACGGAACUAAUGGACCCCGAACUGGUUUAUGUGUGCCUCGGCUGUCACCUGUGCUCGAAAACACACCUGCCAUAAAUAUCAAAAGCACAAACGUUUCAAGUCCCUAUUGCCCCCUUCCAGUGUAUCGGGCAGGUGCGACAAAUCCCGCGAUCCUAACGGGUGGGAAUUAUGGCACCAUCGCAAUCAGUCCAAAAGGGUGGACUCGAGAAUCUUUAUAAAUACGGUGAUCUGCCUCAAGUUUUCCACAGACAGCAAGGUUACCUGUUGGAACCUUGAACCGCAGAGGAAACUAUUUUUCAGUAGAGUUCGAAACAAACCUUAAGUGAUUCCAGCAAAAUCCGUUACGUUGCAUAGGCCUCUAUCAAUAUCUUGAUCGCCUACUUAACUGCCAGUAGUCAUCAUGAGCGUUAAAAUCAGCACCGUUUUGUUUUUGCUGUGUGCCUCGGCGCACGCUUUCCCUCGUAACGCAAUCGAAAGCGUGAAAAAUGCAGCAGCCGAGUUUGACGCAUCUGGUGCUGGAUCAGACGAACCUUUUCGGGGAUCGGUUAGAGUCGUCAAAGUCAGUCCGCAUUUCCUGAGGCACACGGGGAUGUUCAGGAACGGUUUGUCACCCAGAGGCGCGCCAUCUCUCCAGGGCGCUUUUCCAGAUUUCUUGUCGCUCGGUCGCGCGGGCCCUUCCACCAAACUGUCGGUUCCUCCAGUGGUUCACCUCCGCGACAGCCAUCACGGCGCCGACACGAAGAGGAGGCAGGGUAUGAGCAUGUGGCAGCGUGUGAUGGACAAGUCCGAGCGCGAGAAGGAGGCGGUGGUUCUGCCCAUAAAUCCGAAAGAUGUGUCCAAGCAAAGCUGCGCAGCGGUCCCCUUUACUCAGCGAGUCACCGCGGCGGGGUGCGACACAGUGACUGUGCAUAAUCACCUGUGUUUCGGUCAGUGCAGCUCAAUGUUCGUGCCUCCCACUGAAGACGCCUCUCUUCCCGUCAUCGGUCACCGCGGCGCCCCGUGCUCGCGGUGCGCGCCAUCCAAAGCGCACACAGUGACUGUUCCUCUGCGCUGCGGGCACGAGGUGCGAAUGAAGCGCGUGAUGGUGGUGGAGGAGUGCAAAUGCGAGACAGGUCGUGAGGAGCUGAGGGCCGAGUCCUUUGCAAGGACACAUUUAUAAUUGUUGCAGUCUGAAUGUUUAAUUCAGAAACUGAUUGCAGACCUACCGGUAUUCAUAUGUUUCCUGUAAAUGCUAUGUCAUGCUGCUUUUGUCUGUUGUUCGUGUGGUCUAACAAGAAAGAUUAUCCUUUUCCAUGUUUGUAGUCAUUAUCCAUAUGUUUCAUAUGUUUGUCAAGACUAGGUCGAGCUUGUCGGCCAGAGCACUUUCUUUUCUAUUACUGACGUUGCCAAAAUAUUUAUUUUGGCUUAGUUUUUGUUAUAUUUGGUCAAGCAAAUGUUCCUAUUUGAUGUUGGCUACAUUUUGUUUGUUUUACUGUAAGUGUGUUAUGUUAAACUAUGGGGAUAGACUAGGCCUAUUUUAAAGCUUGACUGAAUGAAUAACCUACUGUGUAGGCUAAUUCAUGGAGAAUUAGUGAAGUCUGCAAGUCAUGUGUUGCCAUAUUUGUUAUUACCGGGUCUCUGUUCUAGGUCUUGUUGAUUUGCACUCCUUUGUGUG